CGGAUAACUUCUGUACUCUGUGACUUUGUAAUGUAUGACGUAAUAUGUAUUGACAACAGGACUUUGUACCUGUCUUCUUCACUUUGGCGGUUGUGCUUCUUGGCGUCGGACGCACUUCUAAAGCUCCUGUUGCACGUUUCAGGUGUGUAUGAAGAUCUGUAAAGACAUAGUUCUGACACCGGGUCCCAAUUGUUUUACCGAACGACGACAGCGGAUCUAAAGAAUGGCUGAUGAUAAGGAACUGAAAACUCAGAAGCUGAAGUACCGCAGCCUGUUGAUCGGGGUGGUGGCAAGCGGAGCCGUGCUGGCCAUAGUGAUCGGCCUCGCCGUCGGCUUGACAAUACAACGAUGCAACGAGUCUAAUAAGGGCCGGUUUACACGAGAAAUUACGGAGGCAAUUAUUCAGGUUGGCCUUUUAUUUCCAACCGACAAUGAGCUGGAUCCAGUCGGCAUGAAGGCAGCGGCGAUGUUGGCCGUGGAUGACAUCCGCGCAUAUCGAGAGAAGGUACCGUCAGCUGCGGACAUCCAGGUCCACACCGGGGACUACGAUGGAUCUCCAGACGGGGCUCUGCAAAAUUUCCGCCGCCUGUACAGCCAGCAGGGCGUGCGUCUGUUCGUGGGUCCCGACACCAGCAGCCAUGCGGUCCAUGUGGCGGAGUGGGCGAUGGUCAACGCACCGGACGCGGUCUUCAUUUCUCCACGAGCAACAACCGAACGACUGACCAACGCCACGAACACCAUACGCCUCAGCAUGGGCGACCAUGCUCUUGCUCUGGCAUUGUACCUCAAAAUGCAAAGUAACAGCGUUUCCGUCGUCAUCCCGAUACACAUCGAGGACAUCUACUCUACGGGCCUGGUGAAGAGGAUUCGCGACCUGGCAGACGAUAUGAUGGACAACAUUGUAGUCACUACCAGUAUCAGUUACGCGCCGGGGACAAUCACCAACAAGGAAGAAGCGCGGAGGCUGACUGAACAACUUCGGGACGCCCUCAGGGACAACCCAGAUGCAGUCGUCCUGCUUGUCUCGUAUUCUGAAGCCAAGUACAUCCUGGAAGCAGCCAAUGGUGACAGCAGUCUGUUGGGCCGCAUGUGGUACACCGGGGACUCCUUGGCUCUCCGAGAGGACAUUCUGAGUUCUGAUGACGCCAAGCAGUCGGCACAAACGGUAAGCCUGUACGGACUGGCUUAUGCAGGGGAGGGGAUUCACAGCAAACAGAGGAUGCGCAAGAUGCAGAAGCUUGCUGAUCGUCUGAAACGCUCGCCUCCAAUGUUUGCUCCGCUGGCCUAUGACGCCGUCAACCUGAUCUACGACACGUGUCAGAUAAUGCAAACCACCGAUGCUCAGAUGGUUCUUGCACACCUUACCCGCGAGGCAGAAUGGCAGAACGGACUGUCCGGCAGACUGGCGAUCGACUCACAGAUGGGACGCGCGUUCGGAGAUUUCCUGCACUCGUUUGUCGCUCCACAGAUUCCGGACACCGACAAGGUCACCGUCGCCAUGACAGGGUCCUGGAUUCUGGACGGGCUGUCGCAGGUAUCUCACAUGGACGACGGGUCUGACCAGCAAGGCGGCAGGAGAAGUGAACUGGAGGUAGCGGUAUCUGACAUGAUGUCCAUGUCCGCUGUGAUGUCCACUGCCAUGUCGUCUGCCUCGAUCUUUAACAGGUCUGAUGUCAUGGCAUUGAAAGCAAAGGCUGGAAACGACUGUCGCAACUCGAAGUUUUUCAUCACUGCUACGGAUCCAGCAACAUGCAUGCAGGUAGAACACGACUUCACAGACGACACAUUCCCGGAGAUGUUCAUAGUUUCUACUGCCUACGGCUACAGUCUAAAGAUGAGUUGUGACAAGCCGGAAGGGUCCGUGGUGUUGGACGUCCUCUGCCCACCAAGCGUCAACCCUAGGGACAACAUGGCCUGUGUGGAAACCGUCACCUAUCCUGUCACUGAUCAGGGUGGCCGCCGCCGCCUACUGUUAUCCACAGGCACCAUCGGAGCUAUUGGAGAAUGUAUCGGGGAGGUUGCCGGGUGUGCUGUUUGCUUCGGUACCCGGGUUCUGUUCGAGUCCAGCAUAUUGGACAGUGCAGCUGCAUGUGCGGAACCCUGCGCAUUCGGCAUUGGAGGCACCUGCGGUAACGCCAUUGGAGAGGGUAUUGGUGACGCUGUAGCAGCUACUGUCAUCUGCACUGAACUUUUUGCCCAAGGCCACCUGGAUGGCCAGACGUACCUGGCUGAUGCCGCCUUUGGUCGCCAGCUGGCUGCCGAGUCCCCACACGUGAUGGAAGGGUACCACACCCUGGCCAGCCCCAUCGUCUGGCUCAUGCAGCGGUCUGACACGGCUACAGACAUCGUCAAGACCUUUGCCCUACCCUGGGCCCGACACAUGAGCUACCUACAGGACAUGGCGGAUGAAGGGGACGAGUUCGGGGCCGUUGUCAUGGAGAUAGGGAUGACCCUGAGCGGUGCAGUGGGGAGGGUCACACAGGGGACCAGGGCGCUUGGUGAUGUCAUCCUCAUCCCUGUCCUCAUUGCCAUGGUUACCAUUGUGGCAUGCCUUGCUAUGCGCAAGAGCAAUGACAAUAUGAAAUAAUUUGGGGAAGUAGAGUAUGUCU